AUGCAACACCAGAACCAUCCCCCGACGCAGGUGCUACUUGGACCCCGACAUAUCCAUCAUAUACAUUCCAUACUGACUUGCGGCCAAAGACCCAGGACUUUCUCAGUUUACCUUUACCUCCGGACUCUCAUAAGUCCAAGGCUGAUUCAAGGAAGUACCACCCACGUGCUGCGAGAAGGUGCUAAGAAGGAUCGCAUAGAGGGACGACGUGGCGGAGGUAAGCCUGAUUCUAAACAACCGCCAAGAGGAAUGAGGGGCAUUAUUAGGUGGAAUAGUUCUAAUUUGCCCGUUGGUCCUUGGUCAACCCGAUUGAAUGCAUAUAUUGGGGUUCUCGUGCGUAGAGCGACCAUUGUCAACCCUUAUUUUUAUUUUCAAGAAUUAUAUCAUGGACCGCAUACGAGGCGAUAUGGACUGCGCUUAUGGUAA